UUGUUUAUUUGCUCGGUUUUUGUAGCUAUCAUAAGUUUGACUGUACAGUUAAUAAUUUUAAGCAGAAUAUCCACUGGAAAGUAGCACCCACCGUGAGAUGCAAAGAUGAGCGCUGCACUGAAAGCAAAGGAACAACUGAUACGCGCCGUGGAAUGCGAUAAAAUCGGACGAAUACUGGAGGCGCAGACGCUCUACCAAGAUGGCAUCGCGCAGCUCAUUUCGUUCGUGGAGACGGAGCGGGAGGAGACGAAGCGGAAGGCGUUCCUGCUGCGCAUCAAGGAGUACAUUGACCGGGCGGAUGCCAUCAAGGCACGCGUCAAUGGCAAGCUCAUGCUGGGCGAGGUGGUGGACCACGUAUCGAUCGAGGAGAACGACACGGGCUACGACUACGAUCAGAUCUUUGGCAAGUACAUGGACGACAAAACCGUUGAGAUACUGCUCGAGGAGCCCUACAUGACGCAGAAUUAUCAGUAUCAAAACCUGGUGCGCUUUCUGGAGCUGGCCAUCACGAACUGCAAAAACUUGAAGUAUUUCCGCUUGAUAACCAAAGAGCACACGGACCCAAAGAAUCCGGACCAACAAAAGACAAACCUGGGCCAGAUAAGAGCUGACCUGGAGCGCCGGGACAUUGUGGUGUCCGUCAAGUAUGAAGACACGUUGCACGAUCGCAGAAUUUAUCUGAGCAACGGCUACAUAAUCAAAAUCGGACGCGGACUGCACUUUUACAAGGCUGCCAAUCCCAUGUACUCCAUUGGCCUGGUCAACUACAGGUACCGCAAGUGCCUCCAAACAGAUGUGGACAUAUGGCGCAACAAUCGCACAGCAUCCUAGGAGCAUGGCAUUCCAUUCCAUUUUAGCAGACAUCUUUUUUCAUACAGCACUUAAU